AUGAAAUAAUUCUGAAUCUGAUGUGACCUCUCUUUCUCUAAAACAUUAUAAGAAAGCCCUCACUCACUUCUCUUGAGUUACCUGAACUGACUUGUUGAGAGAAAUAGAAAAUGUGGAGGCGUGCAACCCUUUUCCUUCGCGUCCUGGAACCUCCUAUACACAUCAACGCUUCGCUUUCCCAAACAUUUACCACUGGAUUCCCCUUCCACUUCCAGGAAAAGGAUGGCAUUUGCCCCAAACCGCUUAUAACUUUUGUUUUAGGAGGCCCUGGUAGUGGAAAAGGUACACAGUGUGGAAAAAUUGUUGAAACCUUUGGAUUUAAGCAUCUGAGUGCUGGAGAUCUUUUGAGAAGGGAGAUGGUUUCUGAUAGUGAAUAUGGCUCAAUGAUUAUGAAUACAAUUGGAGAAGGAAGAAUUGUUCCAUCAGAAGUGACUGUCAAACUGAUUCUAAGAGAGAUGGAAUCUAGUGACAAUCAUAAGUUUCUUAUCGAUGGCUUCCCUAGAAGCCAGGAGAACCGUAUAGCUUUUGAACAAAUUAUUGGAGCAGAACCGCAUAUGGUACUUUUCUUUGAUUGUCCUGAAGAAGAAAUGGUGAAACGUGUGCUGAGUCGUAAUCAGGGUCGAAUUGAUGACAACAUAAAUACAAUCAAGAACCGUCUUCAAGUAUUUGAGUCAUUAAAUCUUCCCGUGAUUGACUAUUAUGCUAAGAAAGGGAAACUUUACAGGAUCAAUGCAGUGGGAACAGUAGAUGAAAUUUUUGAGCAUGUUCGGCCAGUUUUUGAGGCAUGUGAGCACGAGGCUAGAUGAUAGCUGUUUGAAUUGGAUGAGAGCACUGUAAAGUUGGCUAAUGUUUGGAUUUAGUGGGGAUCCAUCAUAGUUACCAGUUGAUUACAGGAUCUGAUCCGAAUUCAUGGCUGAUUUGCUUUGGAAUUUGGUAGAUCUCUAAAACUCAUCCGCUGAAGUAUUUCAAAAUGAUAUUACACAUGUCCACCUUUCACAGGAGAUGGCUCUUGUUGCCUUUUUUUUUUUUUUCUUUUCCUCCUUAUAAUGCCUAACGUGCAGUGAGCUUAUGGUCCCGAGAGAAUGGCCUAUAGGUGGAGCAAAACCGUCUCUAGCAAAACAUAGGAAGUGCUUAUAAUGCGCAGAAUAUACCAUUAGAAGUAUCAUAUGUUGUGUAACUUUUUUUUUUUUUUACAAUAAAUUGAAUUCUAAAUGUCAGUCCAACCUCUAUCUAGAGGAGUAGAGGUGUAAGUGUUGGGCUAUAUCCUGAUUUUUGUCAUCGCACAGAUAUUGUGAACUAGUUGGUCUCUCGCAGUGGCCAAGCUAAUUAGACACAUAAUGGUAGAGUUGGAAAGCCUUGGACUAA